AUUUCUGAGUCCCCUGAAUAUGCUUAUUGGCGGUACUGUGGUGGUGCUGGUGUUCAUGGGAUUUGUGUGGGUAUCACACAACAGGGAUAUACUCCGCAGGCUGAAGAAGCAGUACCCAACCACAUUUGUAGUGGUCAUCAUGCUGUCUAGCUACUUCUUGAUCUCAUAUCUGGGAGAUGUUAUGGUGUUCAUGUUUGGGAUCACGCUUCCUCUCCUCUUGAUGUUUGUUCAUGCUUCUCUGAGGCUCCGGAACAUAAAGAACAAGCUGGAGAACAAGAUGGAAGGAAUAGGCUUGAAGAAGACCCCAAUGGGCAUCAUACUGGAUGCUCUAGAACAGCAGGAGGAUAGCAUCAACAAACUGGCUGACUACAUAUCUAAAGUGAAGGAGUAAGCAGCUGCAACAUGACAUUUUUGCCUGUUGCAGGAGUGUAGUUGCUAUUUACUAUUGUUCAAACUUGCUUUCAGUUUGUGUACAAAACGGGAAAUGCACGUGAUACAGAUUAAUAGUUGCGGUAUACAGGUAUUCCAAGGUCUUCAGGGCUCCUCUAACAACAUAAGAGCAGCAACUUUUUUCUAUUGUAUAGCAAAAUGUUCUGGUGUUUACACAAAUACAUACUAACUUAAACAUGUUUGCUUGUCUCCUCUUCUGGGAGGUGGAGGAGGAAGAGAUGGAAGCCUAUGGAAUGCAGUCUCUCAAACUGUCCAUUAAAUUUGUCUGUUAAAAGUAACACCCCUUUCAUCUCAGUUCUACAAGAUGGCAGUGUAGCCAGUUUAUGCUGGGUAGCACCUUCAGGCUGGCAAGGUUUGAGGUGAGCUGGAAUGUAUCAAAAGCAGGUAUCUCUUGCAUCCUCCAAAUCCCUCACUUGAGUGGUCUGUAUGGAGACCGCGUUGCUAGCUUAACUGGCAAGUGGUAAAACACUGCAGUACUUGUAACAGAUGUGGGUUCCUGUCCU